AUCUAUAUUGCAAGGUUCCAACUUCCAAACUCUCUCUCACUCUCUCUCUCUCUCUCUCUCUCUCUCUCUCCCCACUGGUACGUCUGUAAACGCUCUAUCAGUGACGGAAAUGUCGCCGGAAAACGGAAAUUACAACAAAAUCCGGCACAUUGUAAGAAUCCGGCAGAUGCUUCGGCGAUGGCGCAAGAAGGCGGCGUCUUCACCACCGUCCAGCCGCUUCGCCUCCGGCCGCGUACCCCCCGACGUGCCGGCAGGACAUGUGGCGAUCUGCGUAGGGAGCAGUUGCACGAGGUUCGUGGUGCGAGCGACGUACCUGAACCAUCCAAUCUUCAAGGAACUGUUGGUUCAAGCGGAGGAAGAAUACGGAUUCACCAACCAAGGCCCCUUAACCCUGCCGUGCGACGAGUCACUCUUCGAGGAGAUCCUCCGGGUCGUGUCCAGAUCCGAGUCGGGCCGCUUCCUCAGUCCUCCUGAGGACUUCCAGCGAUGUUCCCACGUCGGGCAUCGGAAUCGUGACAUUUUGGGGGAAUCUGGACCGUUGCUCGACGGUUUUGCUGAGAAAUCGCCUGCUACCUGCUAGCUUUGUAGUCGCAGUCCUUCUCAUGCUAGCAAACUCAUUUGAGGAUUACCAGAGUUGAAGCGUAAUUGACCCGAGCAGAGUCCUAAAUUGAUGCCGUAACACUGCAACUUAAAAAAAAAGUCCUCAUACGCCAUUGUUUUACAUAUAUUUUUGCUUGAAUAGACAAUUCUGUCGUUUCGUUUAUGCAAGAACCAGUCUAUUAUCAUGCUUGCAUUUACUUGUUUAUCCUUGAACUAGUUAAAUAUAUAACUCAGUCAAAUAAAGUGUCA